ACCCCAAAAUGGAGUUCGAGAGACGAAAAGCGGCGACACUGACGUCACUGAGGUCGGAGGUGACGGACAAGUCGCCGAAAGGCACGGUGGACACUCCGAUCAUUCCUCUCCUCGACGUCAUCAACUGCCACCGCGACUACUUCACCACCAGCUCCUGCUCCGGCCGAAUCUCCAUCCUCUCCCAGCCGACCCGCCGCACCACCAAGAAGAAGGCAUCCGGCGGCGCGUGGCUCUACAUCACCCACGACCCUGCCGAUCCCGACGCGGUCCUCGACCUCGUCUUCCGCCGCCGCUCCGAUCAGGACGAGCCGGAGCUCCACCAGGACGACGAGGUCGUUUUCAGAUUCGAGCCGCUGAUUGUCGCCGUGGAGUGCCGGGACGUGGCGGCGGCGCAGCUUCUGGUGUCGAAGGCCAUCGCCGCCGGGUUCAGAGAGUCCGGCAUUACGAAUUCGAAUAAGCGCGUGAUUAUCGCGAUUCGGUGCUCGAUAAGAUUGGAGGUUCCGCUUGGGAGUAGCCGCGAGAUUAUGGUUUCUCGCGAGUAUUUGAGGUUCCUUGUGGGCGUGGCAAACGAGAAAUUCGAGGCCAAUAGGAAGAGAACCGACGCUUUUCUGGACUCUCUGCUGAGUGAGAGUGGAGGCUUCGUGGCGGCGGCUCAGGACGGUGGAAGUUACGAAAAUGCCCAUCCCGGGUCCGAUGGAGUUAACGGCAGCUUUAGUCUGUCUGUUGUGGAGGUAGAGGUUUCCGGGGAGUCUGAGGAGAAUCUUUACUUGUGGGGACAUUCGGCUUGUGCAUUGGGUGAGAAGGUUGGGAGUGAGAUUCUUGUGUUUGGUGGAUUUGGAGGCGUUGGAAGACACGCGAGAAGAAAUCAGUGUAUGCUGGUUGAUACAUUGUCUGGUAGUUUGAGAAGGAUUCGUGUGGAGAGUGGUCCUUCUCCGAGAUUAGGCCACACGGCUUGUUUGGUUGGAGAUUGUGUGUUUGUUAUUGGAGGAAGGGCUGAUCCGGAGAAAGUUUUGAGUGACGUAUGGGUACUUGAUAUACGGAAGAAUGAAUGGAAACUGGUGGAGUGUUCUGGUGAUGUGUUUCCUCCCAGGCAUCGACAUGCUGCAGCGGUUGUAGGAGCAAAGAUAUAUGUGUUUGGUGGGCUCAACAAUGAUGCAGUGACUUCUUCUUUACAUGUACUGGAUACAGAUGAUAUGCAGUGGAGGUUGAUACUUGUCAAUGGGGAUGGCCCGUGUGCCCGACAUUCUCACUCAAUGGUGGCAUCGGGAUCUCAGCUAUAUAUGUUUGGAGGAUAUGAUGGUGAGCAAGCACUUGGAGACUUGUACAGGUUUGAUACCCAAACAUCUAAAUGUAGAUGGAAAAAAGUGAAGUCGUCUGGGAGAUGUCCCCACUCAAGGUUCUCGCACUCCACGUUUGUCUACAAAAAUCAUCUGGGAGUUAUUGGCGGUUGUCCAGUUAGACGACAUUGCCAAGAGUUGUCAAUACUUGAUUUACGACUGUGCACAUGGAGGCAUGUAAAACUGGAAUCCACCGACGAAGAUUUGUUUGUACGUAGCACUGCCAAUAUUGUUGGUGAUGAUCUUGUUAUGAUUGGUGGCGGGGCAUCUUGUUAUGCAUUUGGUACAAAGUUCAGUAAGCCAAUGAAAAUCAAAUUGUCUCCCCUGAAGCUUAGAGAUGAUAAUCUUAAACCACUUGUUAGAGAACUGCAUACUGAACGAAAUGAUACUGUAAAGAGCGAAAAGAGAAGACAUCAGCAGGUUCAAAAUGUAAAAACAUUAGCCGAGACUCCUGAUCUAAAUUCUAAGAGUGAAUCCACGGCUGAUGGCAUACAGGUGGAUGCAUAUUGGGUUCUGAAACUUGAAAAAAAGUAUGCGAAAAUAGGGAAGGACAUACUGAAGAAGUUUGGGUGGUUAGAUCUUGCAAGGAAGGUUUACUCCAUCGAAGGUGGUUUACAUAUUUGUUUCCCUGUAAUCGCAAAGUUUUCUGAUGUACUGAAAGAGAAUCAGCAGGAUCGUAUGACAAAUUUAUUUGAAGGACAGAGUGAUGACAUUUGUGAACCAGCUAAAGGAGCAAAAUGUUUGAUCGAUGAGCUCACCUCUUCGAAAGCCUUAGAUAUUCUAAAGGAAUGUGGUGCCACAACACUGGUAGAUGAAGUCGUUGAAGUCAGAAAAACCACCAAAUCUCCAUCAAAAAUAAUGAGUGAAGCAGUGGCGCCUCUGCUAAAGGAUAAAGGCCUACCUGCAGGAUUGUUGGAGGAGCUGCCAACCAGAUGGGAGCGACUUGGAGAUAUUGUUGUGCUUCCAGUAACAUCAUUCAAGAAUCCAUUAUGGGACUCAAUUGCUGAGGAGCUCUGGCCUAUUGUUGCCAAAUCAGUAAAUGCUACUCGCCUUGCUCGUCAAGGUUGUGUUGCAUCAACUGGUACAAGAGACAGUACUUUGGAGAUUCUUAUAGGAGAUAAUGGGUGGGUUGAUCAUCGUGAAAAUGGAAUACUCUAUUCUUUUGAUGCUACUAAGUGCAUGUUCUCCUGGGGUAACCUUUCUGAGAAGCUCCGUAUGGGCUCUCUGGAUUGUAGAGAUGAGAUCAUUGUGGAUUUAUUUGCUGGAAUUGGAUAUUUUACGCUGCCAUUUCUUGUCAGGGCCAAGGCAAAACUAGUUUAUGCUUGUGAAUGGAAUCCUCAUGCUGUUGAGGCACUCCAGAGAAAUGUACAAGCAAAUUCCGUUGCCGAUAAGUGCAUCAUUCUUGAAGGAGAUAACCGGAUAACUGCACCUCAAGGACUAGCUGAUCGGAUCUGCCUUGGUCUCAUUCCAUCAAGUGAAUCUAGCUGGGCUACUGCUGUUAGGGCAUUAAGGGGUGAUGGUGGAAUGCUACAUGUGCAUGGAAAUGUCGUGGACUCAGAAGAGAAUUCAUGGACAAAACAUGUAUCAGAAUCAAUAGCUGAAAUUGCCAGAUCUCAAGGUCAUUGCUGGGAGAUUUCAAUAGAACAUUUGGAGAGAGUAAAAUGGUAUGCCCCGCACAUCCGUCAUGUUGUUGCAGAUGUAAGAUGUAGACGUGCACAGAAAUAAUAAUUAGGCACUGACGUUGAUCAGCUGAAGGAAACAAAUUAUUCAGGACCCAUCAAUUUUUUUUUUCCAGGGAUCCCACAAUGCAGUCGGUAAGUUGGCUUGGACUAUUGGUCUGCUUGAGAAAAAAUAUCAUGAGAUGAUUGUUUGGUUUCUAGGUACCAAAUAGAAUCCCUUCAUGAAAAUCAACAUAGCAAAGCAUUUUAAGAUUUGUAUCAAAUGAGCAAAUGGACCGUAUUUCCUGUAAUCUUAAACUCAGGUUCUUUUAUUGAUGUCAUAAACCCCAGCAUUUUCUUUGGUCAUUGCUGAUUCAUAGAGACUGGUAUGUGCACGUAUACAUGAUGCAUACAUGUAUGUGUACCCCUGUCCAGAGCGUUCUUUGGGGGUUCUUUUGUAUGACCAGUGUGGUAGACAGCUGAUUUGCUCAACUGGGAGUUUGUUUCUAUCAGCUGUUUCUUUCUCAAUAUAGAUUGGACUUGCUAAAAGUCGAAGCGAUCAAUAAUGCGAAAA